AUGUCGACCCGGGGCAAGCUCGAGCGGGGCGAGUCGGAGAAGAAGGAGCGGCGGCCGGAGCAGAUUUUGUACCGCAUCACGGAUUUCGAGAACCACGAGACCAUCGGCACGGGCGCCUUCUCGCGCGUGCGGCUCGUGCGCAACAUCCUCGAGGACCAGAUGCGCUGCGUGAAGAUCAUCAAGAAGCUGGACAUCGUGUCGCGGGACCUGCUCCGCUACGUGCGGAGCGAGGUCGCGCUCCUGCGGACCGUCGAGCACCCGUUUCUGUGCCCGUCGCUCGGCAAGUACCAGGACGCGUCGUCGGUCUACGUCGUCUUCGAGCUGCUGCGCGGCGGCGACCUGCACCACCGGCUCCGGGCGUUGGGGACGCUCGGCGAGCCCGACUGCCGCUUCUACAUGGGCCAGGUCGUCCCCGCGCUCGAGUACCUCCACCGGCUCGGCGUCGUGUAUAGGGGCGUCAAGCCGGAGAACCUCGUGCUCGACGACGCGGGCUACUGCCGCGUCGUGGACCUGGGGCUGUCGAAGCUCGUCCACUUCCACAAGACGCUGACCCUCUGCGGCGACCCCGAGUACGUCGCGCCCGAGGUGCUGCUCCGCGGCGGCUACGGCAAGGAGGCGGACUGCUGGGCGCUCGGCGUCCUCGUCUUCGAGCUCCUGUGCGGCUACCCGCCCUUCUACGACGCGAACCCCCUGGGCAUCUACCAGAAGGUGCUCAAGGGCAGGUUCGACGAGCCCAAGGAGCUGCGGAAGCACGGGAGCGCGCGGUCCUUCGUCGAGCACCUGCUCCGCCGCGACGUGCGCAAGCGCCUGGGCGGGUCCGCGGGCGCCGGCGCCUGCCGGUCCCACGCCUGGCUGUCGUCGACGCCCUGGGACACGGUGCUGGCCAAGGAGGCGGAGCCGCCGUUCGCGCCGUCGCUCGACCGCAAGUGCGUCCGCGACAACUUCGACGAGUACCUCGAGGAGGAGGAGAAC